AUGGAUCAUACUAACCCCGUUUACCUGUCUCAUCCGCAAUCCGAAAAGGACUUUCUGGCUCAAUACUACGCCAGGCUCUCCUUAGCGGACACGGGUGCUGUGACAAGGGCAGUAUUCUGGGCUUGGAACAGUAGUUCAAUUCAGCUGAUAAACUACUUUGGUCUCGAAGGCCUUGUUGAUCCUCUCAACCUCCAGGGGAAGGCUGGGCUUCAAGGCCUUCUUAUGCCAAAGGGAAACGCGCCGUCAGCAGUUCUGGGAUUGGCUCGUUUAGCCUGGUGGCGUUGCGGGGGUUCGGGCUCUGCUGAGCCUUGCGACCCUAACCCCUGGACUGUGGGCAAUGUCCGUGUGACAGGUGCGGACAAAAGAUCUCCCAUUCCUGCAACUGCCCCUUCCACUGUCACGGUUACACCUGAAGCGCCAGCCCAGCAAUCCCAGAUUAUUACAGAGACCACGGGCACGGGAGCCAUAGGCCUCACCAUAACCACGGUUACGGGCAUCCCGGGCACAUCCACGCGCACCAUAACCGGACCGGACGGAACCGUCCUUAUCCCACCUCCUAUCCCCGCCCACCCCGGCUGUGAACUCUCUCCGCAAAUGGCCAAAGCGAUGAAAGAUUAUGCGAUCGAGCAUUGUUGCGACUGCAUGAAGGCCAAGAAUCUGCUCAGAGACAAGAUCAUGGCAAAGGUCCUCGAGAACACUCAGGAGAAGCUUAUGGAAUUGUUGCAAAAUGAACUUGAUCGGAUGAGCAGCGAGGAGGAGGAUGAUGAUCUCGACCUUAACUCCGACAUGGAGGAAGGUGACUGGACCUUGGAGGGUUAA